UCACUUGGUCCAUGAAGGAAGGCGAUGUACGUCCACUGCUCAAGCAUUUAUUUUGCCUUUCAAAUGAAGGAAAUACUAAUGAAACUCUCAUUGAGCAAAAACAUUUGUAUGUUGCUGUCUAACCCAGAAAAUCUCAGCGAUUAUCCAAGAAAGGGAUAUACAUGAACAAAGCGCUAGAAGACAACUGGCUGCUUUAUACCUAUAUGACCCAAUCCUCGCAAUACUUCCCUAUAAAUUCCUCGAACGGUAUCCACGAUCCUACAGGCGAAAAAUAUCAUGGCAGCUCAAGAAACUCAGGCAGAAAUUCCGAGAGAUAAGUACCGCUCUUUCUUGUAUGAUGAUGCUGAGAACACUCACUGGAGACAUGGUGGUCCUCCCUCAUAUGAAGAUGUGAACAGCCUCUUCGAACAAGGCCGAACCAAGGAAUGGCCGAAAGGAUCGUUAGAAGAAACCGUGCAAAACGCUAUCAAGUCAUGGGAAAUGGAGGUCUCACACAAGACCCGGGUGCAAGACAUCAGGACAAUAAGUCCCGAAAAAUUCAAGUUGAUCAUCAACGGUAGAGAGGGUUUAUCUGCUGAAGAAACUCUGAAACUUGGAACCUACAACGCAUUGCUGAAAACUUCUCUGCCAGAGGAAUUUCAAUUCUACAAAGCUGAAAAAGAGACAUUUGAAUCGUCUCAUGAUGCGUUCAGAUCAGCCUUUCCUCGUGGUUUUGCGUGGGAGGUGCUGGAGGUUUACUCCGGGCCGCCGGUCAUUGCCUUCAAGUUCAGGCACUGGGGUUUCUUCGAGGGGCCUUUCAAGGGGCACGCACCCACUGGAGAGAUGGUGGAGUUUCAUGGCCUCGCGACUCUUAAGGUGCGUUGUUGGAUGAAAAACACUGCAUACAAAGAAGCAUGCAAUCAACAGCACACAUACUUAAAACAAUCUUUCAACUAGAAGUGCAUAUGCCCUGCAAUUCUAGUCUGGUAAUUCAUUACAAAUGAAUCCAAAGUAGAUGCUGCAAUUGGUACAACAGCAAUAAACUUGGUUGCGGCCAAGACUGGACGGACAGAGUUCACUGAAUUUUUGGUCAGAUCCACGGAAUUCUGCAACUGUAUAGAAACGAGUCAACCAUUCUUCUGCAGGCGGGGAUGUUGUUUAACCACCUCU